AUGGCGAACUGUAGUGUUCCUGUGGGGAAACUUCUUUUUCCUCCCAAUGGUGUUGUACUUCUCAACCCGUGGCAUGAAUUGCCUGAGAUUCUUAGUCAGUUAGAGGACAAGCUCGAUUCAUCUAACAUGACUUUCAUGCAGAGUUCGAAUGAUGGAGGCUGCCCCGAUAUUGAUAUUGUGGUUGUGCCUGAGAAAAGAGUUCGGAAUCAAGAUGCCCGACUUCGUUCUAUGCUGGAGGACUUCGAAAAGAACGCUGUAAAUGUCAUGAGCUUCGCUGAGUAUUUUCAUAGCUCACACCAUCUCAGGCUUUUUGGCUCUUAA